GUCCAUAAAACACAAACUAAUUUUUUUUUUUCUUUUGUUCGAUUUCAACCGGAACGCAACGGGUGUCCCCUCACCUUAGCCGAAGAAAAUGGUAGCGAUGGCGCUGCUGGGGGGCUCCUGCCGUCAAAACCUUGACGGUCCUAUCAAACUUCCUCACUCAACCAAUCUGCCUGCUUUUCGUCGCUGCCAAUUCUCUUCUCUGCUCCACUCCGGCGAAACUCCUCUCUCACCAUGCGCGUAGUUUUCUUUACCGUCUAAAUGUAUUGGCGAAAUGAAAUAUGUGCAAAGCCUUCCAUGCUGCUACCGCUACUGGUAUGCGAAACCAUGCUGUCUCGUUUCUUUUCAGCUUUUCUUCUCGGAUCUAGCUUGAUAUGUUUGUUAAGCCCUAGAUUUCUGCCUAAGAAAUGAUCUGCAUUUGGAGUCGACUAGAUUGAAUCGGUGACGCAAGAGAAAUAAUAUAAAGUUUGAAUUUUA